GCGCUGCCAUCGCAACUGCUAUAAUAUUGUUUUAGCCAAUCACAUAGACCGGGCGAAAAUUUAAAUGCUGAAACUUUUGCAGAUUUGACCACUGCAUGACCAUGCGUGAUAAUUGCGUAAGCGCACCAGAAGUUGAAAUGUAGUGUCGGAAAAGUAAAUCAUCGCUUGAAAAUUCCGGAAUAUAGUUUGAAGCGAGAACUGCUGCAUCGAAUGGCAUUGCUUCCGAAUGGAAAGCCAGAAGACUCCUGUUUUAAGGAAGAUACCGUCCUGGUUGCGGUCCUUUAGAAUUUCAAAAGAUGCAUCAGUGCCCGAGGAGAAGGAAGGCGGGACGGCUUCUUGCCAAACAAAGCAGUUUCUUCGUUCUUACCGCCGAAGUCUUAGUUCAAAAAAGAGCGGAGAGCAAGGGGAGAAAAGCAAUUGUGAAAGCCAAGAUGUUGCUAGAGCAUCUCUGAUGUCAAUACGUAAAAUUUGGGCUGAAGAGGCAAAGGUACAGGCAUUUAGUAAAAGGAGCACAUCUGAACAAAAAUCAAAGAAGCCAUGUGUUCUGAGGAGCAAACUUCUUGGAAGCCCAAGUAAAAUUCCUAUCUCUGAAAAAAUGCAGGCACAUCACAGAGGGCUUCAGUCCUCUUUGAACCACAGCUGCUGUUCUCCUAACAAAGAAAACUUUGCUCCACCAUCUGCUGCAAAAUGCAAACACUAUGGAAACCAAAGUUCAGCAGGAAGUUCCGAUGGUAAUCUUGCCUCAGAAAUUGUGUUGAGUGCCGCAAGGCAUGCGAAAAAUAGAAGAAGUAUGGCAAGAGAGCAAGAUGUUUGGAGAAAAGCAGUCAACAAUAUAGGCCUCCCUAGAACAUCUACAGAAUUGGGGCAGUUACCCAAAGUUUGCAAUGAACAAGAUUUGCUGAUAAUAUCACCAGUCAUGGGGCCACCGUGGAAUGAAAAGCAUGAAAGAGUUAGGGAUUGGGUAUCAUGCAAUCGUGAUUGGAGCAGUGGCAUUUCAGCACAGCAUGCUUUGCCUUAUGCGCAGCACAAGCGCCAACCAAGUCGCCUUGCUAUGGAGGAAACAGUUCCAAAGUCUGUUGACUGUGCUCCUAAAGUUCCACCGAGAACUUACCUUGCAAAGCUGGUGCACGCCAAGGCGCAUCUUGCAAAAACUACAGCCCCUUCAGCCACUUCCAAGAUUCCAGCUGCCACAGAAAAUCUUCAUGGAGUUAAAAGUGCUAUCUCUAAAUAUGGCCAUUCUGUAAGCAAUCAAGCAAGUCAAGACUUCUCUUUGCUUUCAAGAGCAGCACAAAAACAGCAAGUGCCUCCUGAGAGGCGCAGGAGAUUGUGUGCUGAAGUCGGCACGCCCUCACAGGAACUUACCUCAAGACUUCAGCAGCAGCCAAAAAGAGCUGUUAGGCCGCAAGUUCAGCAUAACCCAGUCUAUAGCAUUAAAUGUACAUCAAGGGCACAAAAGCUGAACAAAAACUGCAGCACUGGAGCAACUGAUGUUAUGGCUGACGAUGAGGCUACAGUUCUGAACUGCAGCUGUGAAAGGUGCCUUAUGAAGUUUAAUGCAGCUGGCAAACAUGCACCUGGGAGGAUGGGUGACUUUCAUACUAAUUAUUUACGUGUGGUGGGACAUCAAGCACUUAAAAACUGUUUGUCAAAGAAUGGUAAGAAACCUGCUGCUUUGAGUCAUCAUUGUGAAUGCUGCCAAUUCAAGAAGACACACGAGGAAUUAAAGGUUGCUGAUGACAAAGUACAAUAUUCAAUGCACACCAAACCUUCGUGUGUGAAAAAUUCGGACCAGGCAGCUAAAUGCAGCACUGGCAACAAGCAUGCAUUUCAGUGCCAGGAUGAGAUAACUAAGGUCAUUGAGGAAGCUGUAAAAGCAAGCAUUGAGAAGUUGUUAUCAGUGAAUUCAAAUCCACAGCCGAGUAAGGCACGAUCAGUGGAGAGUCUCCAUGAGCAGGCAGAAUGCAAGAAGGCUGCUGCUUCACCUUUGAAGUACAUUCUUCUCUCGUCAUGCAGAUCUGGCACUACAGGUUCUCUGUUAGACUCUACUGAAGAAGUUAAAGUGGACAGUGGCAUUGCGUCUUAUCACCAGUCAUGUCUCACUGUGGGAACAGUGAAGAAAAUGACAAAUAAUAAUAUUGACACUGUGAACAGCUGUUCACAGGUUGGCCUGGAGCGAACUGCAUCACUCCCAUCGUUAGUAGAAAGCAGCAGUCCUGCAAAACUAAGAGUAUCAACUGCUUUCAUAAAGCUUGUAAAGAGGGUGAGUUUAGGCCAAGGUAAUGAAGGAACUUCAUCACAUCACAGCUCCUUUUUAGAUGUGACAAUGAACCAGGGAAGCGUGGCAUCACAAGAAUCAUGCAGCCAGUACAGCAGUGGUGGUACUGAAGGUUGUUGGCAGACUGCAGAAAGUCACCAUGCAGAGGAUUCUCAUAGCCAAUCAGAAAUAGCUUGUGACCUAAUGGUUCAAGAUGAAGCAAAUGUGUCAAGCUCAUGCACUGCUGAAAAUGGCCAACUGAAACAAAAUAAAGCAUAUAAAUUCCAAAUACAGCAAUCAACAAGUCCAGCAAGACUUCAGCUUGACUCAUCUAGCUUAAGUAUAGGUAGUGUAUCAAGCCGCAAGCCACCCGAUGGCUGGGAGAGGACACCACCAUAUGAUGCACCUGAUGUAGUUGACAUCAAUGAUGAGCUAUCUGAGCUAAAUCCUUGCAUAUCUGAUGCACAAGGAGAAUGCUUCUCAAGUGACAGUGAUGGAAGUGAUGACCAGCACAUUCUUGAGGAGGUAAUCAGGAAAGGCAUGGGUAUGACACCACCAAUCAAAUUGCCAACCAGAUGUCCAAAACUGGUGAAAACUCCUAGAAAAUUCAAGUCCGCUGAGAUGUUUUGUGGUAAAGCAAAAUUGAAGCUGGCUGCUUAUGUAAACAGUGGACAUGUCACUGUACAUGUCAUCAGGGCGGCUAAGUUGUUGACUUCCCGAGGAGGAUCUGCAAAUGCUUACAUUAAGGUCUCCCUCCAACCAGACCACCUAAAAAGAGCUCACUGGAGAACAGCUGUUGUGAAAUCAAGUAGAAAUCCAGAAUUUGACCACAAGUUUUCAUUAGAGCUUAUGGCAGAAGAUGCUGGAAAACGUCUUUUGGUGACAGUAUGGCAUCGAGAUUUUGAAAACAAACGCAGUGAGCUUCUAGGCAGUAUGUCUUUUGGAAUGGAAAAAGUCUUGAACUCCGACCAGCACGUGAAAGGCUGGUACAGACUUCUGCGGCAAGACCUUGGAAUGCGUAGACAUUUUGCAGCACGGUGUUCAAGGGGAACAUGCUCAAGGGUCAAGGCAUUAUGUCAUGACUGAAUUUUUACCCAAUUCAAGGAAAUGUAGAUGUGCCCUUGGUCUACACGAUAACUCACUCAACUUGUGAGUGAGCAAUGACUGCAGGAAGCAGUUCUUACAGCAGGAUGUUGUGUACACACAAGCUUCACUGUAUUUUUGUAAGGAGUGAAGGUUCAUUGCCUUACAUAAGAGAAUUCUAAAACGCAGACUGCCUUGUUAUAUUUAUCUUUAGUGACAUAAAGAAAGUCGGCACACAAUUGUCGUGUAUGCACUGCAGGCAGUGCAGGUCAGUAACGUAAAAUAAAAUGCUUUUCAGCUGCUACCUCUAGUGCUUGAAGACAGCACGCUGUAUUUGGUAGAAAAUGAAACAUUGCUUUGCCAACAUUUGCUGAGCAUGAGCACAUGAACAUAUAACUGGUUGUGCCCCAUUCUUGAUGUGUUAAGUGUUAAACUGUGAGACCUUGUGGAAGAAAAGAAGUGUGAAAGACUAUGUUACUAGUAUAUAUUGUGUGGUGACUUAUUGUUAUAAUUUGUGCAAGACUAUGCUAAGCAUAGGACAGUAAGAGGAUAGAGGUUAUGCUGUUAGGUGCCUUAUUAUUUUUGACAACUUUCCAUUUGCUAUGCAGAAAGCAUCACACAGGAAGCAUCAAGAAGGCAUGACUUUUUUGUUGCGUAGAUUUAAGCUUAGUAUGUGUGAGUGGCUUAUAGUGGCUCCUUCUCAGGGUAAGCUGUAAUUUUCUUUAUUUUUGUAUAAUAUUGUUGCUUGUUGAUAUUUGUUUUACAGUGCAAUUUUUUGUUGACCAUUUUUCAUUAUUUUGUGGCUUAUUGUUCCCGUGUACAAAAUUUACUACUAUUUCAAAUCGAUUUCCCCAUAACAAGCUUUACUUUUCCAAGUAUUGUAUUGAUUUUUCGUUGCAUAUCUUGUUUACAGUCUUGAGGAUGGGCAAAACACAAUCAGUGGUUAUCAGUAGGUGUGUGUGAAUACUAAAUAGUAGAUUUCGAAUCGAAUUGAAUAUUGAAUAUCAGGAAAUUCAACACAAUCUUUUAUGCUUCCAAAUUUUGUGCAAAGUAAAAAGGUGCACAUAAUUAGGAGGCUAAUCACAUUACUUAAGAAUAUUGCUAGCUAUCAAUAACUUACGUACCAAUGAAUUGAGAUGCAUAGUAUGAUCUACUGUUUUAUUGCAACAGCAAUUAUAUAGACACUCCAAGCGCAUUUUUGGCAUUGCUGUCGCCGUGAGGUUCCGUAUAAAGUCAAAGGGCGAUAAAAUCGUAGCUGCACGCCGUAUGCUGUAUGUGUGAGUGAAAGUGUGCGAGGGGGAGCUAGUGACCGCGGCUCAAUCUCACGCAUGAAAAGGAGGAAGUGCACCAUCUUCUGUCACGUGCAAGGCUCCAGGGGGAGUGUAGGGAGGGGGGCACAUUCUCCUCUGGGCGGCCGGCACGUGCACCUGCCCAGGCCGCUCUGUCUUGAAGUCUUUAAAGCCAUCUGCGGCAAUGCACAGCGUCCGCCGUGCGCUGCGUUUUCGCUUGGUUCGCGUUGAUGCGAGCGGCACCACGAAGUUCACUUCGCUCGCUGCUGCUGUGGGUGCGCUCGUUGCACUGUGAGUGCAUGCUGCUGCGCUUACUCACUGCAGCGUUUUGACAGCGAGUUUCUGCGGUCAUCGAGUGAGAUGUGUUCAUGUUUUCUUGUGUGCAUGUGACACCAUGCUUGUUAAUUUAGUUAGUAUGCCCAUAUUUACAACUUUAUACGGCCGAUAAAACUAUACUAUCCUUAUUUAGCAUAGCUGUCCACUGAUUUGCUAUUGCAAUCGAUGCUUUGCCUUUUGGGCGAAACUGCGAUUUUUCAAAGAGAACACCAAAUUAGUAUGCCAGCACUGAUAACAACUCCAUUCAUAUACGAAGGUCUGAAAAAUAUUUUAUUGAUGGAAUGUCUGUGAAAUAGAAUUGAGUGCUUUUUUCCCUCUGAAGCUAAAGAAAUAGCAAAGUUAUCCUAAAUGCCAAUGGGAUCUUCAGUUUAAUAGUGGGCCAUACUGUGCUUAAUGGCAAUCUUCUAUUUAGAAAGUAUUGCUUUUUAGUUUUCUUGCAGAAAACAGGAAGGUUUUUUCAUGUAUAUGGCGGGUGGUUUCUGUGGGUUAUCAUCAGCUCGUUAAGGCCAUCUGCGUGAUAGACAAAAGUGGGGAAUGUGCAUCAAGUCACUCGGCAUCGCUCCGCGCGGUUAUCGGCACACCGACGGUAAAAGUUCCCAAAUCCCUCUCCUUCUUCUUUUGUCUGCAUAUUCCAUCUGCCAUCUGCAAAUGCGAGAAAUCGAAUCUUAGGCAUUCAAUUCACGAAUUGAAUUAUUCAUAUGUUCACUAUUUGAUUCAAAAUCGAAUAUUCAUGUAUUCGCACAGCCUUAGUUAUCAGUGUUCUGUAAAUAUUAAAUAGAUCAUAUUUUUCAUUCAACUGUGUUUCAGAUAAUAUAGGCAGCCCAUGGAGUAAACAGAACAUAAUACUGUUAUCAAACUAUGUUUAUGCACGACCUGAAUGUAAUUAAUAAAUGUGGCAGACUUGUGUACUGCAGCAUUUGUUGAUGGUGUACUUGAGUUGAUGGCUUUGAAUUUUCAGUGGGUUCUGUGCAAAUGCAUUUAAGCAACACUGUUAAGCUCUCAGAUUGUUUAUUGUUCUGCUGUACAUGAAGUACAGAUAUUUACAGUGUGGUACACCAUUCGAAGGAACACUCAACUGCUCUGCUGACAUAUGUGGGGCACUCCAGCUGUGGGUAGCAGAGGAAGCAGAGCCUAUGUGCCACACAGGCAUGCAGAGCAAAGCCAGCACCACCUACCACAGAUUGUCUGCUGUGAAGCCAAGUCUUUUGAGAAUUGUCACAGAGUGAAACUUGCUCAUACUCAGCUCAGCAGUUGCUUGUUCCCUUUAACAGUCGAUUUCACUUUACAAGGAACGGCUGCAAGUUAUGCCAGGCUCGAAAAUGCAAUUAAUAUUCAAUAAGUUUCAAAUUUCUUAACUGCAUACGACUUGACACGUAAUGCAGCCCCUUUACAUGCUUUUCUAUGCGUGCAUCGAACCUGUCAAGAAACUGUACUCCAUACUGUACUGUGCCUUUGUAAGCCAUGUUUCAUAAUGAGUUGCAUCAGCAUACAAUAACACCCGAGUUUCAUGUGCCCUCAACCAUGUAAUAAAAUUGAAGCUUAGGUUUAAA